UCAAGAUUCCUUCACUCCUCAUCACUUUCCAUCAGCUGUUCUCUACGUACACAGAUCUAUAAUCAAUAUUCAUCAGUGAAGAUGUUUUAAGACAUGAACUUGUGUCCAGACCUUUUAUGUAGUUUGUCGUCUACAUAAAACAAACGCAGCAGGAGAUUAUCAGAGUCCGACGCGUUCACACCAACGGUAACAUUUCGUCCGAGUAGAUGAUACUGAACGUGUAUUUCUGAGUAUUACAGCAUCCAUGCUUUAUAUAUAUAUAUAUAUAUAGGUUCCUCUGAACAGCCUCAUGUCCAAACAACAACACAUAACACAUUUCAUUACGGAGGUCAUUUAAAAUCACAGUGUAAAAAAAAAAAGGAAAACAGAUUGAAAAUGUGAGAACACAGGACGCACGAUACAUCGUUGAAGUAUUAGUAUUAAAUAUAUAUAGUAUUUGUCAUCAGUCAACCUUUGUUUAUUUUAUCAAAAGCUUAAAUUUGUAUGUUUGUUUUAUAUUCAGCUGCAAUAUUAUUCUCUUUUCAGAACUGUACGUUUGUGGCUGAGCGGAUUCUUGAGGUGCUCCGUCCCUGUGAACAGUCUGCAGGUAUAAAGGCGUCGGGCAGAGCAGACACUUCACUCAUGCAACUGGAUCCCGACAGACACCAUCACCUCAACAUCCUGCAGGAAAACAACUUCUACCAUCUGGAGCAACAUGAGAGAGUGCAUCUCCGUGCACGUGGGUCAGGCCGGAGUUCAGACAGGCAAUGCAUGCUGGGAGCUCUUCUGCCUGGAGCACGGCAUCGGUCCGGAUGGCGUCUUCCUGGACGGUCCUGCUGAACCGAACUUCCGUGAAGAUCCAUUCAACACGUUCUUCAACACUGGGAGUUCUGGGCGUCAUAUUCCACGAGCGAUAUACGUGGACCUGGAGCCCACGGUGGUUGAUGAAGUGAGAGUCGGACUGUUCAAAGAUCUCUUCCACCCGGAGCAGCUGAUCUCUGGGAAGGAAGAUGCAGCCAACAACUACGCUCGCGGACAUCACACUGUGGUGAAGGAAAUCUUCGAUGACGUCAUGGAGCGCAUUCGUAAGAUGUGGAGCGCCUAUCUGUCGACUACGGAAAGAAAUCCAAGUUGGAGUUUGCCGUCUACCCGGCUCCCCAGGUCUCCACCGCGUGGUGGAGCCCUACAACGCCAUCCUGACCACCCACACCACCUUAGAGCACUCGGACUGCGCCUGCUGUACCGAGGCGUAGUCCUCCCCAAGGAUGUCAACUCUGCCAUCGCGAGCAUAAAAAACAGACGUUCCAUUCAGUUUGUUGACUGGUGCCUCACUGGUUUCAAGGUCGGCAUCAACCACCAGCCUUCGACCGCGGUUCCUGGCGGAGACUUGGCCAAAGUGCAGCGAGCCGUGUGCAUGCUGAGCAACACCACCGCCAUCACCGAGGCCUGGUCUCGUCUCAUCCACAAGUUCGAUCUCAUGUACGCCAAGCGUGCGUUCGUCCACUGGUACGUGGGUGAAGGAAUGGAGGAGGGGGAGUUCUUAGAGGCCAGAGAGGACCUGGCGUGUCUGGAGAAGGAUUACAAGGAGCUGGGUGAAGUGGCUCCCGAUUCUGAAAGUGACCACGAGGACCAAGUAUACUGAGCUGCGUUCAUCGUGUUUCUCGCCUCACACUUCCUGUCUCCACUGUUCACCACUGCAUAAAGGCAAAUGUGCCCAGUUCCCUUUGGUACAAUGUUCAUGCAAAUCAACAAAAUUAGCCUUUAGUAAAAUAAGGGGGUGAAAUAUUCUAAAGUUCAGACUGAACCCUUGUGUUUUGUUCAUAUUUGCUUCAUCAGAGUUUGGUGACAUCUACUUGUGACGGGUCAGUUAUCGAUUUUAGAUCUUUAAUCAGUCAGUGAAUCAAACUGUGUUAGAGUUACGUUUGUUUGAACCAAAAUAUUACAUUAUUUUAAACUCUAGUGGAAAAACACAAUGUGUUAAAGAACAAUAUUUUUUAAUAUAUGUUAUGAUGUAUAUAUCUGAAUGUUGUGAACAGAAAGAAAGAAAGAAUAUUUCAUAUUGUAAAGCUUCAGUAAAGGCCUGAUGCACAAUAUUUGUGAUACUGUUAAACAGAAUAACAUAUGAUUUUAACAACCUGGAAUAAAAGUGGAUGUUAAGUUAUUUUAACAUGAUCACAGAUAUUGAGCAUAAGACAUGAAAUCACAAUAAUAACUUGUGUAUAGUUUUGUAAACCUUUAACAACAUUAAAGCUUCUGGACUGAUUGUCCUGAUGAACUGA